UAGUGUGUCUGUAUUAUUGCUCCAUGUGAUGAGUGUCAUCUGCGACUUUGACAUUAAAGUCUCCUACCUUGUGCUUCCCACCACCAUUCCACACACUAAUUCAUCCCCACUAGCCCCACACACAUUUUUAUAAUUCUUUCUAAACUUGAGAUCCAAUUGAGGCUUUAAAAUCUUCAACAAAGCCUUGAUAAAAAGAAACCACUCAUAGAAUUCAGUACAUAUGGCUCCACUUGUAACUGAACACACUUGCAGCUUUUCUAAAGCACUUUUAGUACUAUGUUUUCUUUGUGUCUUAUUAGCUUCUUCAUUCAUUUCUGUUCAGAGUCAGAACAAUGCUUCAUCAACAAGAAGAAUAUUGGAGCUAGACAUUGAUGAUAAUGAUGAUUCUCCUCAACCAAUUAAGAAGAAAUCCAUUGAUGAUUCUCCACAUCCAAUCAAGAAGAAAUCCAACUUAAAUUCAUUUUCCAGUUCCAAGAAUCAAACCAAACUCAUCAAAUCCAUUACUGACUCUUCCAAGAACCAAACCAAAUUAACCAAGAUUUCUUCUUCUUCUUCCUAUGGUUUUGGAACAAUCAAGAACCAAACCAAGCUUGUAAAAACUAAACUUUCUUUGUCUGACUCAGUUUCUAGUUCAACCAAGAACAAAACCAAGCUCAUCAAGCCCACCCCAGAAGAGAAACUUGCACUAAAAUCCCAAUUGAAAAAACUCAAUUCCACUUCCACCAAGUCCUCAGAUCUAUCCAAAAUCACGCCCAAGAACAAAACAACCACCAUAAAAGACCUGAAUGAAUCCAAAUCCAAAAACCCAACAAAACCCCAAUCUUCUACAAACAAAAGUGCCAAGAAAGUGCCAACACAGAAGAAGGAUUCACAUUCACAGCCCAAUUGGCUAGAAAAUGAUGAGGACGACGACUUAAUCUCUGGUCUUAGUGACUUACCAUCCAAAUUCCAAGAAACCCUUUUACCAGAUUUAGAGAAAAUCUCAAAAACCUCAAAAAUCUACAUCAACAAAGCCAACAAAGAAAUCAGCAACAACUUCAAACCCAUUGUAGGCAACAAAUAUGCACCCACAAUAGCCUCAAUAAUCUCAUUUGCAUUCAUUUUAAUCCCUCUAAUUCUUGUUUCACUCAUUUUCAACAAAAUCAAAGCUUAUUUUUCACUCCAAAGGCUAUUAAUUUUCAUCCAAAUUUAUCUCUCAAUCUACUUCUCCAUUCUAUGCCUUUCCUCUUUACUCACUGGGUUAGAACCACUUAAGUUUUUCUACGCUACUUCGCAGUCCACCUACAUAUGCCUACAGCUCCUUCAAACUCUUUCUUACGUGUUGUACCUUUUGAUGCUAUUGAUGUACCUCGUCUUAGUAUUCUCUACUGAUACUGGGCCGGUUACGAAGAUGAUUGGGCUGACCCAAACACUUGUGGGCUUUGCUGUUGGGCUUCAUUAUUACAUGACGGUUUUUCAUAAGGCUGUAUUGCGUCAGCCUCCUAGGACUAGUUGGAGAAUUCAUGCUAUUUAUGCCACGUGUUUUCUUAUGAUUUGUCUGUUAACUAGAGCUGAAAGAAUGAAGAAAAGUUACUUAGAAGGUGGUGAAGAGGGUAAAAAGAGCUAGAAGUAUUUUUCUUUUCUUUUUUUUAAAAAUUAUAACUACUUAAUGAGCUAUGUUAGAAAGUGAAAAAAAAAAUAGAAGGAAAAAAACAUUGUUUCUUCUUUAGUGGAAUUUGUAAUUUAUGAGGAUUUUAUUAUUUUAAGUAAAUGAUGCAAUUAUAAUAACCUUUGUUU